UAUUUAGCGGAGUGCCCAAACUGGGCCUUUAGUUCCAUAUUUGCUCUGUUUUCCCCGCCAUUGUCUCUAUCUCUCUAUGUUCAUGCACAGAUAUGGGUUCUGAAAAUCCAAAUCCUUUCCAAGCUUUGUUCCAAACUGUUGAAAGAUUCUCGAAUUGUGUCCAAACCCACCUCGCCAAUUUCACUCAACAGGCUCAUCGUUCAUUACCCACCAAGAAAAACCCUCUCAUCUCUAUUUCAUCAUCAAUAAACGCCGACUCCCCUGCCACAAAUACCCAUUUUCUUGUCAAGAAACCGGCUGCACCGGUGACUAAAGAAGAACUUGGAAGAGCUACUUGGACUUUUCUUCACACUCUUGCUGCCCAGUAUCCUGAAAAUCCAACAAGGCAGCAAAAGAAGGAUGUAAAAGAGCUGAUGUCAAUAUUAUCUCGGAUGUACCCCUGCCAGGAAUGUGCAGAUCACUUCAAAGAAGUUUUGAGGGCAAACCCUGUAAUGGCUGGAUCUCAUGAUGAGUUUUCUCAAUGGCUCUGUCACGUGCACAACGUUGUUAACAGAAGCCUUGGAAAAUUGAUAUUCCCAUGUGAGCGAGUGGAUGCAAGGUGGGGCAAGCUAGAUUGUGAGCAGCGUGGCUGUGAUUUGCAAGGAGCAACAUCGAAGCAUAUCGAACCCUGAGUUCAUGGAUGUAGGUAGUGGUGGUUUAAACCCUGCUUUUAUAUUUAUUUGUUUCUUGGUACCGAGUGGAUGACUACCGGCGCAAAGAAGAGGGAAAGGAAGAGAGGGUGGAAGAACUGAGUUGGAUGAUUACACUAGUAGUUGGAAACAUUAUACAGUCAAAGCUCGAAGUCUACUCGUCUCGGGUUACAGAUAUUGAAAUUCAAGUUUCAAAAUUGUUGAACUUCACUCUUUAAAAAUGAAUGAUUGUAUGUACCAAUUAAGUUUUGGGUACUUCAAGGUUGGUUUCAACUUGUAUAGCACAGGUUCUAUGAAAAUGGUCGAGCAUUUAAUAGAAUCAAGUCGAAUUAAGUGAAAAA